UGCCGGACAACUGUACAGUCGGUCCAACUCAGCCACACUUUUUGUUCUGAACUACAUCCAUCGGCAUCGGCCUCGACGUCUUCAAGAACACGAAUCGGACAUCGCGUCGUGAAAAAUGGCCGACAACUCUGCACCCGUCACACUGCGCACUCGCAAGUUCAUCACAAACCGUCUCUUGGCCCGCCGCCAGUUCGUGCUGGACGUCCUACACCCCUCCCGACCUAAUGUUCCCAAAAAUGAGCUCAACGAGAAGCUAGCUGCUCUCUACAAAACGGAAAAGGAACGAGUCGUGACUUUUGGGUUCCGAACACACUUUGGUGGAGGUCGGAGCACUGGUUUUGCUCUCAUUUACGAUGAUGAGGCGUCCCAAAAAAAGUUUGAGCCCAAGUACAGGCUAGUACGGUCGGGAUUGGAGACCAAGGUGGAUAAGGCGUCUCGCAAGCUGCGGAAAGAGCGCAAGAACAGAGCGAAGAAGUUCCGUGGGACCAAGAAGUCCAAGGCUGCCGAGCCUCCCAAGAAGGGCAAAUAGUCGUCUGGGAUUUUCCCAUUUGCUCUUUCUUUUCGUCUCGGAAUGCAUGGCUCGAAGCGAAGCGUCGGGUGCUCGUAUGAAUCCAUUUGUAUGCCCCAUAUCUUUAAUCUCCAUGAAUCCAUGCAUAUGACAGACGAAAGAAAAAAAUAUGAUCUGAUCUAAAUUAGUAGUUCAUACAUGGGUAUAAGUAUGCUAUUACAUGUGUCUGAGUCAAGGUCAGCCAUAGAUAUCAUUAGAAAACGGAUUUUUUAUGAAUGAUUUCCGGAUCUUCCUGGUAUUCCUCAGCUGAUACCCACAUCUGUGAAGUGAAGCGAAGCGGUUGUCAAUGUCAGCUGUUGUCUGAAAAC